ACUACAACUCCCAUGAGCAAAAAUCCUUACGCAAGGCUUACACGACUUCCGACAUGAGCAUUUCAAAAUAAAACUUAGAGACGUUCUCUCCGUGAAAAAUCUCGCUCUCGGUGCCACUUUGUGCUUUUAUUUUAAAACCGGGGUCAUUCCUCCGGGUUUCGUCGAUCCCUGACGAAUCUCCCACCCGCUCCGCUCCCUCCUCCCCGACCGUUGGCGACCUGACAGCGGGCAGUGCCGUAUGAUUCUCCCGGGCAGGUUCACUCCUCCUUCGUCUUCUGCGCGAUGAGGCUCCGUUUGGCCGGGGCCGUGCUGCUGGCGGCGGCCGCCUACUACGUGUACCUGCCGCUACCGAGCGGCGUGAGCGAGCCGUGGAAGCUGAUGCUGCUGGACGCGCUGUUCCGGAGCUUCAUGCGGGCGAGCGACGCGGCCCACACCCUGGGCGUGUGCCACCGUGUUCACCUGCUGAACCGGGUGGUGUCCUGGGUGGAGGUGAUCGAGGCUCGCUCCAGUCCCACCGUCAACGUGACUGACUCCACCCUGGGAGGCGUCCCCACCCGCGUGUUUCAGCCAAACGGAGAAAGCAGGCUGAGAAGAGGAGUCAUCUAUUUCCAUGGAGGAGGCUGGGCGCUCGCUAGUGGCAAGAUGCGCUCCUAUGACCUCCUCUGUCGGAAAAUGGCGGAGGAUCUGGACGCCGUCAUAAUGUCUGUGGAUUACCGCCUUGCUCCCGAGGCCGUGUUUCCGGAUCAGUACCACGACGCCGUGGCAGCGUCGCGGGUCUUCCUGUCCGCUGAACUCUUGCAGCAGUACGGCAUCGAUCCGGAGCGGCUCUGCGUGUCUGGAGACAGCGCUGGAGGAAACCUGGCUGCUGCUGUGGCGCAGGAGCUCAGCCUGGAUAACUCUCUGCAGGUGAAAUUCAAAGCCCAGGCGCUGAUCUACCCAGUGCUGCAGGCUCUCGACUUCCACACGCCGUCGUACCAGCAGAACCAGGCCGUGCCCAUCCUCUACAGGCCUUACAUGGCCCGCUUCUGGCUGCAGUACCUGGGCGCCGACUCCUCCCUGGAGCCCGUCCUACUGGUGAACAACCACAGCGCUCUGGACGAGCGGGCCAUCAGCGCCGCCACCCGCUCCAAGCUGAACUGGACCGCUCUGCUGCCGGCCGAGCGCAAGAAGAACUUCAAGCCGGUCGUUAAGGAGAAGGGAUCGCCAGGCGUGGUGGGCGCGGUGCCGGGGCUGAUAGACGUGAGGGCGGCGCCACUGCUGGCGGAGCAGGAGGUUCUGGGUAAAACGCCCAAAGCAUAUGUGAUGACGUGCGAGUUUGACGUUUUGCGGGACGACGGACUGAUGUACGGCAGGCGGCUGCGGGACGCUGGCGUUGAGGUGACGAGUGACCACUACGAGGACGGUUUCCAUGGCUGCAUGGUGUUUGCGAACCUGCCAAUGAUGUCGAGUGUUGGACAGAGAAGUAUGAGGAACUACAUUCGCUGGCUGGACCAGAACCUAUGAGCAGGACUCCACACAUAUGGGAGCUCUUAGUUGAAUUUUUAAAAAUUGUUGUAAAGAAAACCCAAAACAAAAGCAGCAGUGUAAACAUCUUUACACUGCAAAAAAACAAUUAUCAAGUAUUUUUGGUCGAGUUUCUAGUGCAAAUUUCUUAUUGCACACUAAUUAAGAUAACACUAACUUGAGAGUAACUUUUCAUCAGGAAAUAGGAGCUGGUUUAAAUCAAUAAUUCCUUGAAAAAGUCCUUGUUUCAUUGGCAGAUAAAGUGAAAUAUUAGAACUAGAACCUUUUCAACAAUAUUUAUAUCUUCCUGGAAGGUUAUCUUUAGCUUAGUUUUGUCUUGUUAAGUGAACUAAUGUAUUUAACUAGAAACGAGACCAAAAAUACUUGGUCAGAUUUUGUGUUUUUGCAGUGUAAACAGACAUGAUGAUCUGAUUUACUGCUUCAGAAAUGCUUUAAAAAAAACUCACUGGAUCUGAAUAUUUUAUUGAAAAUAGAGAAAAAAAAGAUAUUUAUGAAAAGCAAAUAUUAUUAUGGGGGAACAUUCUGAGGGGGGGAAAUAUAUUUAUGGCUUAUUUAUUUCUUGAAAUUUAAAAAAAAAAAAAAGAAAAAAAGAAAAAGAACACUUUUUUAUGUAAGCUAAUUUUACACUGGAUUAAAAGAAAAUGAAUUCACACAUACUUAAUAAAAAAGAAAGUCAGCCACUGGACAAAACGCAUAAUGGAUCAGUGUUUUACUUUAGAGUCUGCACAAUUUAUAAAUUUGUACUUUGGCACAUUUUAUUUGAUGUAUUUGUUAAUUAGGUCAUUUAUGUUUAUGAUUUAUUUAUGUAUUUUAUUUAAAGGGUUAGUGUUUUUGAUUAAUUGACAUUUUAGUUGGACACAACAAGGUGCCGUACAGGCCACAAAGCAGCUGUUUGCAACACCUGAGCUUAUUCAAAGUACUUUUUGCAAUUAAUUAAAUUUGUUACAUGUGAGACAAACACAUAAAUUAAUUAUAUAAUUUAAUGCAGUAAAUAUGGCCACUUUUUGGCUCCUGAAAUCCAUAAACAUUGAAGUACAAAACAUGUUUAUCAUGAUUUUUUUGUUAUUUAUAACUCAAUUGGGAGGUGAGUUAUAAUCUCACCUCCCAGCUUAGAAGAUGGUACAAAACAUUUUCUAAGCUGCCUUGUACCGUUCAGAGUUCACUUCAAACAAAACGUUUUACUUUAAACGUUCGGAUUUACGCAUCAUUACUGUUAAACUUUUACCAGACGGUAAAGUAAUGAAAGUUCAGAAACAAAAUGGUUAUGGUAAAACCAAGUAAACACUUAUUCAAGCAAAGGCUACUCAAACAAAUAGCUAAUACCAAUUAGCUAUUUUAGCUAACUUGUAACCAAGCUAACGCUUCUUGCAGUGUAAAAGUCCCUGAAGUGAUCAGCUAUGUUAACUAAAGGUUAACAUUUAUUUUAGCUUGCAGCUAAAUAAUCCAACAACUACUAAAGCUAAUGACAACUCAUGGGAGUAACGUAUUGGGCUAAUGACUACUCAUCUAAAUAUUAUUUUAAUUAAAAGCUACACAAACUGAUACCUAACUAAUUGAAUUGCUAGUCAGGGUUACAGAUAGGUAAGCUAACAGCUAAACAAACUAAAAUGUAGUGAAGCUAAUGCUGUGAUCCAUCGGAAGUUGGAAAUUUCAACUUCCGAGUUGGAAAAAUAAACUUGAAAGCCCCCCAAAGUUGGACUUUGUUGGACAAUCUUUUCAUUUUAGCUAGCAGCAAUUUAGGCUAAUAGCAACUCAAACUAACAGUUGAUAAAUUAAUAGCUACCCAAGCUAAUAACUACUCAUUCUUGAAAGUAUUAAUGCUAACGGUUACUUAAAUUUUUAGCUGCUUAAGCUUACAGUGAUUCAAGCUAAUAUCUACUUAAGCUAUUCUGCUCAAGCUAACGUCUACUCAGAGCUACUUAAGCUUGGUGUUGUUUAGGCUAGCUACUUCUUAGGCUAACUGCUAAUUAGCAUCUACUCAAGCUGUCAGAUUUUUAAACUAACAGCUGGAAAACAAUUGUUCAAGAUAAUGACUGAUUAAGCUGAUGGUGACUCAAGCUAACAGCUAUUAAUGCUAAAAGCCUAGCAACGUUUAAAAGUUCAUCAUUUGAAAGAACUCAAACUCUACUCCUAGAUUAAGAUAAGGCUAUAUUUAUUUUUGAUUUUUUUACUCUUUACUGAUUUUAUAUGAAACAUUUGUUUAUGUUUGUCACUGUUUUCUCGUCUGUGUUGCUUUGGAAACUGUAUUUUCAGUAUAUCUCACACUUAAAACCAUAUUUUUAAAUUUAAUGAGGCAACAACUCCAAGACUAAAAAGUAAUGUUUACAUAAUAAAAUAUGACAUUCCUUUCAUUUUGUUCAAUAAGCCAGAAAGCAUUUUUUAAAAGAAUACAUCAUGAUUUGACUUUUUGCCAAAGCAAAAUGUAAUAAUUCAUACUGAAAUAAAGGAACAUUGCUUUCCUUUUUAAUUAUUAUUCCACUGUUUAAAAAUGGUCUGCAGAUUGAAGAUGAUGCACUUUGUAAAAGUAAAGCUUUACACUUUGAAUAAAGCUGCUUCUAGUUUGAAGAAC